AUGAGCAAAGAGGAUGCCCCGAGCCGGAGCGCUUCUUUGACCUUCACCAUCGACAACAUCCUGAACCUGAAGCAGCGGGACAGGGGGGACAGUGCCGGGACCAAGGAGCGGGGGGACACUGGAUGUAAGGAGGAUAUACGAGCGCGGUGUGGGGACCCGUGGGACGUCCGGAGGAGGCAAGGCAGCGGCUCAGAAGAGACAGCGGCAGUGAAGCCCAUGGUGCAGCGCGCGGACCUCGGGGACGACAGCCCGCCGCGGACCGCUGGCUCCUGUCCCGGGGCGCACAGUGAGCACAGCGCCGAGGACGCGUCCGAGCAGGAUGGCCCAGGGGACUCUAAAGGCAUGGUGAAGAAGAAAACUCGCACCAUCUUCUCCAAGAGACAGAUCUUCCAGCUGGAAGCCACUUUCGACAUGAAGCGGUAUCUGAGCAGCUCGGAGAGAGCGUGCCUCGCCAGCUCGCUGCAGCUCACAGAGACUCAGGUGAAGAUCUGGUUCCAGAACCGCCGCAACAAGCUGAAGAGACAGGUCUCCUGCACGGACAUGGAGGGGUCUCAGCUCUCAGACGCGGGCAAAAAUGUGCAAUUACCCACUUUUUACAAAGACAGCAGCAGCCUGCUGGGAGGAUGCUUGUUACCCAUGCAUUUCCCCGUCAUGUACCCCACUGCAGCCGCCGCGCCUUACAUCUACUUCUCCAACACUGGCAAAUAUUAUGGCCUGUUCGAUGAAGACUGA